AUGGAGCUGAGACCUGGCACCAGCCAUAAGGAGAAUGUGCCCCCCAGGCCUGCGACCCCCCUGAGGCCAGAGCAACAGAGACUCCUGAAGAGCCUGGAUGUCAGCCUGGGCAGUGGACAGGUCCGGUGGGUGCCCAUGGGCCAGGCUGAGAGGGGAGGGCCUGCCACCACCCCCUCCCCAGGGGCAGUGCUUCACCAGGAGCCCUGCCGAGUCCAGACCAACCUGGCCAGCCCUAGCCCCCGCCUGGGCCUCACCCUGAAGGACAAGACUGGCCAGCGGAUGAACUCAAGCUUCUGGCAGCAGAGCAACCUGCGGCCCCUGGGAGUCCUCCCCCAGGGGAGAGCCCGAGAGUGUGCCACUCAGCAGAGCAACCUGAGCCUGAGAGAGACCAGCUCGGCUGAGUGUGGAAGUCACACCAGGCCCCAGCUCUGGUCAGAUCCUCAGGAAAGCUUCUGGCCCCACACGAUGCCCCAGGGAAGCCCCCUACUCCGAGGGCCAUGGGCUCGCCCAUCCUCCAGCCAGAGGCAGUCCCGGCUGCUGGCCACAGACUCCCCCUGCCGGGACUUCAGGCCUGCUACGGGCUAUGCCCCUUUUGAUGGGCACACACGGCCAGGCCCCAGAUCCUGGUGUGGCCUGGGGAGCUGGACCUCCAGGCUCAGGGGAGAACCCCUCACCCUGGAGGACCUGGCUGUCCCUGCCCAGAGCCAAGGUCGGGCCCCAUCCCAGGCUGCCAUCUCCCAGUUGCUGGCCUCUGUGCGACGCCUGGAGUAUCAGGCAGCCCGCCUCAGGUGCUGGGCAUCCCGGGAAACCCCCGGUCCUCCUCAGCAGGAGCCCUGGACCAGUGAUGGCCAGGCCCUCUCUGCUCACCCCCCGCCCAGCCAGCCUGUUCUUGCUUCCUGGGAUGAGAGGAAACGACAUCCCCGAAGUCUCAGAGGAACUGAGGAUUUCCCAGACACACCAGGGGUCCGGACUGAUCUCUUGGACUCUCAGGCAAGCCGCAAGCCCACAUCACUGGAGGCCACUUUGGAGACACUGACUGGAGAUUUCCUUGACCCUGAGCAGGGGGUCCUUUCUGCCCACCCUGCAAGGAGAGGAGAGAACAGAUCCCCGGGGCCUACAUCCAGCAGGGGGCAGAAGGGGAGUGCAGCAGGGUUGCCAGACUCUGCUCCUUUGCCUUCUCCAGAGCAGCCUGGGGUGUCCUUCCUUCCUGGGGGGGAAAGAGGGGAGAAGGCCCCAUGGGAGCAGCCCUGGGCCAUCCCCAGCCGGCAGCUGCUGUCCAGAUGUUUCAGAGCCUGGUGGCAGCUGGUGUGGAGGCAGCAGGCGGUGGCAGUGGCCCUGAGCCGUCGGCAGCUGUUACGCAGGGGCCUGCAGGCGCUACGGUGGGCGCUGUGGCUGCGGGAGGCCCAGCUGGAGGUGGCAUGGGGGCGACACACUCGGGCCCUGCUGGGCCGGAGCUUCCACAAGUGGAAAAAACUGACCCAGCAGCAGAAACAAGGGAAGCCCCACAUCCAGGCUGGGCCAGGACCUCCACCUUCUGGGAGAGGCCAGGGCCAAGGCUCCUCAGGAAGGAAGCCAGUGGUGGACCCUGCCCAGAGACGCAGGUUGGGCCGUGUGACUUCCCACAGCCUGGUCAUCACUUUCUCUCUGGGCAACUUUACUUUCAGUCUAGGGGGUCUGAGGGAGGAGGCAAGAGCCCGGCCGAACCCAUCAAGUACGGCGCCAAGACCAGAUGGAGGAGACGGGCGAGUCCAGAGCCUACAGGCCCUGCAACAACUGGCUGUCUUCCUCCUGUGGUGCCAUCAGAAGGAAUGGUCCAGGCAGGAGAGGGUGGUCCAGGCAGAAGCCUCCCGGGCCACGUUGAGGACUCAGAAGAUGGAGAGGCCCCCGCAGGCCCAGUGCUCUCCUGCUGCACACACAGCCUUUGUAGCCCCACUGGAUCCCCAGCACCAGAGAGAUUGGCUUUGCAGGUGCUUUGGGGCCUGGCAGCAGUUGGUGAAAAGAGAGACCCGAAACCGGCACCACCUGGCCAACUGCCAGGUGGGGACACUGAGCAUGUGCCUGCAACAGUGGAUGUGGAUGAAGCAACUCCGGGCCUCGGCUGGGGUGAAGGUGACCCAGCUGACCCUCUGCCAGCAGAAGGCGGGGAACACGGCCCUCCACAGCUCAGCCUCUGGAGGGACCACAGCCCAUGGCCUAGGCCACUGCCCCCAGGGGCUGCCCCCAGAGCAAGGCCGGGGCUCCCUGCAAAAGGCCUGCCGGAGAUUGGCCCUCCACCAGGUGCUGCUGCUCUGGAGGAAGCGGCUCUCCCAGCACCAGCAGGCAGACUCCUAUUUUCAGGGCACACAGCGGCAGCUGCUAAGGUGCAUCCUGAGGGCGUGGCACCUAAAGGUGUGGGGUCCUGGCAACCUAUCAGGCAACGCCAGGAUCACCUUGGCUCCAGAACCGCUAGGUGGCAUCCUGGCAGAGGAGGCCUCCCUGGGCUGCAGCGCACCCCACAGCUCACUGGGGAAGGCAUCCCGGGCUCCCGCCCUCCUGGAGACGCUUCGGCUGAACUUUCUGUGGGCAGCUGGGCGGCGGCAGCAAGGGCAGUGCCUUCUGCUCUGGCAGGCGCGGGCCCAGCAAUCCCGGGGUGCAGCAAAGUGGCACCAGCGCACUCUUCAGAGGCGCAUCCUCCUCGGCUGGAGCCACUGGGCAACAGCCCAAGGGUCCCUGAGAGAACUGGCUGCCCGCUGGGCCUGGGACCGCAGCUGCAGGGCCACCCUAGGCCUCUGGCGGCAGCGGCUGGAGCAGUGGCAGGAGGCGGAGCAGUGGGCCAGGGAGCGAGGCCGGAGACUGGUGCGUGAUGCCCUGCGCCACUGGCACUCCUGUUGGCAGAGGCAGCAGUUCCUGCAUGGACAGUACCAGAGGUGGGUGCAGGCGCACCUCCAGGGCCUGCGAAAGGCCACGUUCUGGGGCUGGCAGCAGGCGGCAGCUCGUCGGAGACACAUGAUGGCCAGGUCAGAGUAGCUUCUACUGCAGAGCCACUUCCAGGCCCAGUGUGAAGCUGUGAGAGGCGCAGAGACGCUCUGGGCCCAGCCUCCACCCUCCCAGGAUGGCCUGAGGAGAGGGGUACUAGGAGCUGUAUUCGACAUGUGGCAGGAAGGCCAAGUGGCCGCAGCCCGGGCUUGGGAGCAGCGCCUGGCCCGGGCCUCCAUUGCCCACUGGCGAAGCCUUGUGCAGGGGCGCUGGGCUGACAGGCAGCGGAGGAGGACCCGGGUCCAGCAGGCCUUCCUAGCUUGGCGAGUGGCCCUGGGCCAGCGCUGGGAGGCCCAACAGCAGGCAGAAAAAAGAGUUCAGGCCCGGGCUCAGGUAGCCCUGUGCUGGACAUUGUGGGUGCGUGAGUUCCGCCUACACCGGCUUAGUCGAGCCCACGCUGCUCGGAAGCUGAGCACCAGGGUCCUGGAGAUCUGGGCCCAGUCAGCUGCCCAGGGCCGUGUCCAGCGGGUCACCAUGACCCAGUUCCAGCAGGCUGGGCCCAGGCGCCUCCUGCAGACCCACUGGGCCCAGUGGCGGACGGCACUGCUCAGAGUGUGGCUGGAACCUCGGGCAGAGGCCCAGAACGCCAGCACAGCCCUUUCCAGACCCAGCACCCACCUCAGGCACCCGCUCAGACUGGCCAGCAGAGGACACCUCCUGCUGCUAAUGGAUGUUGCAGCCCCAUGGACGCAGACCCGCAGCUGCAGGCCACAGGCCACGGGGUCCAUGCUGCCCAGCCCAACACAGCACCGCAGCCUCGGUGGACAGAGGAAGUGGAAAGAAACGUCCUGGGCUCAGAGUAACAGGGUGCCUCCCCUCGGCCUGCAGUGGCCUGGAUGUGCCAACGGGGCCCAGGGCUGGCCCCGUACAGGACCAGGGGAGGACUGCAGAUCUGAGACCAGUGCCAUCAAGGGCAAAGGGCAGGUGGAGACAAGGUGGCUGGGGAAGGGCAGCUGCGUGGAGAGGGUGGGGCUUGGGGGGCCAGGGCCAAAGGGCUUGCCUGAGUCAUGGCCAGAGCUGGGCCCCUCUGGCCAGUGCUCCGUCCUGCAGGACCUGGAGGCGCAGGCCCAGGCCUACGGCUCUGCCUUUUCCUGGCCGUGAAGGGGUCAUGAUGCUCGCCACCAGGAGGAAACACCUGCGACGCUGGCCCCCUGAGGCACUGCUUUGCCGGCUGCAGGUCUCCCAGCAGGCCAGGCGCCUGGCAGUGACAUGGCAGCGCUGGGUGGAUGCUGCGGGGACAGAGGAGCUGGGGCGCACUCUGGUGAGUGGGGACUGCUGGGGAGCGCAGCUGCCCGAGGCGGCAGUGGGCUCAGUUUGGGGCCUUCUCACCAACUGUCCACACAGCUCAGGCAGUGGCACCUGAGACGGGCCUGGCGAACGUGGCGGCAGCGGGUUGUGCGGCUGAGGGUUGUUCGGCGGUUACAGCAACCAGGUGGCUGGGUCCUUUCUCAGGUACUGGUGGGGCAGCCCCCACCACCCCCCAGAAGGCCCUUCCAAACCUGGUGCCGCACCUGGACAUUUCUGAGCUGUGGACCCUCCCUGCUUGCCAUCCCCAGGACCCCUUCAUUUUCAGGGGAGGGGUCAGCCUUUGAGAAGUGGCACCAGAGCCUGGCAGCCAGGGGCCAGAGAAGGGGAGCCACCAGCAGCCCCAGACCGCGUGAGCAAGGCGGGCACCAGGAGCCCUGGGGGCAGGCUGGAAGUUGCCUGAACCCCUGCGUGUGAUGGACUCGAGGAGCAGGGGGCCCAGCUUCAGCUGUG